AUGAAGUCUGUAAUUUUAAAAAAAUUAUAAUUAUAUAAAUUAUUUUUAGUCAUAAAACUUUUAUAUGAAAAAGAGAUUAAGGAUAUUUUGGAUGAGAAAUAAAUAAAAUCGAAAGAUUAUUUAUAAUUUGAUGAGUAAAGAGAAUUUAUGAGAAGGUAAUUAUAAUAUAAGAUAAUGAAAAAGAUUUUAUAGUUAUUUUGAUGAUAGAAUACCAGCUCUUUUAGAAUACUAUAAGUAUCAUAUAAAUAUUUCAAGACUUUCAUUGUAAAAUAAUGAAUAAAAGAAUGAAAAACAUUAGGGAGAUAUAGUAUUGCAAAUUAAAAUGGAAUUAGGUUUAUUUGAAGAGAUUAAGUAAUAAACUCCAUCUAAAGUAAAGUAAACUUCUGAAGAUUGUUUAAUUAGUAAACUUCAAUAUUUAUUGAGAGAUCUGAAAAUGAAUCUACAAAAAUUGGCAUUUCUAAAGUUAGUAAUUCAACUGUACUGUACUUAAAGAUUUAGUUAAAAUGAUUCUAGAUAUCAAAAUUUAUCCAAAAUAAUUUAAAAUAUUUAGAAUAAAUAAGUUUAAAAAUUUUUAAAACCUAUUAUGGAAGUUUAAAGAUUGGUAUAUUAAAAUAAUUAAGAAACUCUUAAAAAUGACAGAGAUGUAAAUAAGAUAAGUUUAAUAAUUAAAAUCUCCUCCUUUAAUGCAAAGAAUAACAAAAACUGUUUUAACAUCUAGAUAUACAUCUACUUAAAAACAAAAAUGUAAAAUUGCAAUUCAAAUCAUAACAAAUAAAAGGAAGAUCAAAUUUGA